GGUACUAAGGUAGCUCCUGAAUUAAACUUUUUCCUUCCAAUAAAUAUGAGCCCUUCUUUGUCGGAGCUUGAAUUAUUAGGCUGCAAAGAGAGUGAGAGAGAGGGGCGAGAAACCAUGGCAAUUCAAAUGUAGCCAUGAACAAAUAUCGUAAGUGCCCAAAAAAAGUUACUCUCUUCCCGCUUUGCUGAAACUGUAAGAGCCUCCUUAAUCUUGACUGCAAGUAUUGCAUAGGCAUUGGAGUACGGCGACAUUUUUACCUUUUUUCAGUGUGUCAUUCUGCUUUCGAGGCAUGGAUGUUCUGCUGUGGCCCCCAACACCUGAUCUCAGAGCCAAGAGUCUGAACAGCUAGAAUUUAUUUAAUAUAAUAUAGGUACUUGGAGUCAUUAUGGGCAAGGAGGAGUUGACUGCUCAAGAAACUGCAUUAUAUGAUCGUCAGAUUCGUAUAUGGGGGGUUGAUGCCCAAAGGAGACUAAGCAAGUCACAUAUCUUGGUUGCUGGGAUGACGGGCACGAUUGUUGAGUUCUGCAAGAAUAUUGUCUUAGCUGGAAUUGGCAGUGUCGUCUUGUUGGAUGACCGCUUGGUCACAAGAGAAGCACUCUCUGUGAACUUCUUGGUUCCGAACGACGAGGAAAAGUUAAAGGGGAGGUCGCUUGCAGAAGUUUGUUGUAAUUCUUUGAAGGAUUUCAACUCGAUGGUCCAUGUUUCAGUGGAGAAAGGGGAUUUGUCAGCUUUGGAUGGAGAAAUUUUGGACAAGUUUGAUGCUGUAGUCAUUGGACGUGCCUCAUUUGCAACAAAAAAAACCAUUGAUGGAAUCUGUAGAAAGAGAUCCAAGAAGAUCGCAUUUUUUACAGUUGACUGUCGGGAUUCGUGCGGUGAAAUAUUUGUUGACUUGCAAAACUAUGUCUACAAUCAGAAAAAGAAUGAUGAUAAUGUCGAAUGCCAGUUCCAUUAUCCAAGUCUUGAGGAAGCAGUGGCUGUGCCUUGGAAUAGACUUCCUAAGAAUGUCACUAAACUGUACUUUGCUAUGAGAGUGAUAGAAAGGUUUGAAGCGGCCGAGGGCCGAAUUCCUGGUGAAACCACUGCCGCAGAUAUUUCAUCUGUUCAACAGUUGCGAGGCGAAUUGUGUAAAGCAAAUUCAAUCAAUGAAUCCCGUAUCCCAGAUGAGCUAUUAAAGAGAUUACUUGAGGGUACUAGAGAGCAUCCACCAGUCUGCGCCAUUGUCGGUGGAAUUCUUGGGCAGGAAGUGAUCAAAGCCCUAUCAGGAAAGGGAAAUCCAUUGAAGAACUUCUUCUUCUUCGAUGCGAAAGAUGGAAAGGGGAUAAUUGAGGAUAUAUCGAGCCUCUGAAUAGAAGCUGAAAUUUUCAGGCAAAGGGUAAUGCAGGGGUAUAGAGAAAACCAAGUGUAGCUUCCCAGAGGUCAGCAUACUGUGAUGAAUAGAAUACAGCAAUCCUGGCAUUAUUUGUUUCUGGUUUUGCUGAUAAUUAUAAUGAAUUCUGCUCUCGAAAUCAGAGGCAUCUUUUGUCUUCACAGUUUGUGAAAUUAUUUUAAGUUAUACUGUUCUCCUUGUGAGCUCACAUACUCUCGCCAACUGUGAAAUUAUUUUAAGUUUUACUGUUCUCCUUAUGAGUUCACAUGCUCUUGCCUUGAUUUAAAAUGGAAUAUUGGUGACAUUUAAGCUGAAGCAUGAGUUUAUUAUAAUGAA